GUUUUACAUGGAAGUUACUUGUGGAUUCGGGUUUCAGGUAUCUCAUCAGAUUGCAUUUUUGUGAGCUUGAUUAUGAGGUGAAGGAAAGUGGGCAAAAGGAGUUUAGUAUUCUAAUUAACAAUCAAAUUGUUGAGCCUAGAGGAGAUUUGAUCAGAUGGGGUGGCGAGAUUGGAGUUGCAAUCCAUAAAGAUUACUUGGUGACAGUAAGAGGAGACAGAAUGAUGGGCAAGAAAGAUCUAUUUGUAGCUUUGUACCCUGGUAACGAGGAUCAAUCAACUGAAUUUAUUGACGCAGUUCUUAAAGGAAUUGAAGUUUUCAAACUGAGUAACCCGGAUGAUAAUCUUGCUGGGGUGAAUCCAGUCAUCUCCCGUCCUCAUGCUCCGAUUAACCAAAUACUUAAAAUGCUGACUACAACAGGUAGAAAUUACAUUGCAACUCUUGUUAUAAUUGUGAUUACUCUUCUCAAUGUCAUCGUUCACCAAAUUUGUGAAUGGAGAGAAAACAUUUGGAGUAAAAACAUUUCGCCAUCACUACUAGAUGAGGAAUUCUGUCGUAGAUUUUCAUUUAAUGAGAUCUCAUUGGCGACCAACAACUUUGAUAAAGACUUAGAGAUUGGACAUGGAGGCUUCGGUAAGGUCUACAAAGGGGUUAUUGAUCGCAAGACGAAAACAGUUGCAAUUAAAAGGUUAAGUUCUGAAUCUAAGCAGGGAGAGAAAGAAUUUAGGUCAGAAAUUGAUAUUCUUUCCAAGCUUCGACACAAACACCUUGUCUCUCUGAUAGGAUAUUGCAAUGAGGGUCGUGAAAUGAUACUUGUUUACGAGUACAUGGAACAUGGAACUCUCGCAGAUCAUCUUCACAAGAAAAAACGUGAUGGUAGUUACAAGGAAAACGUGACUCCUCCUCUCUCAUGGGAGCAAAGGCUCAAUGUAUGCUUGGGUGCUGCUCGAGGGUUAGAUUACCUGCACACCAAUAGUGAACAGGACACCAUACAUAGAGAUGUGAAGAGCGAAAACAUUUUGUUGGAUAGAGAUUGGGUGGCCAAAAUUGCAGAUCUUGGCAUAAGCAAAGUAGGAACUAAGAGCAAUACUCGCACCCAUAUUAGUACCGAUGUAAAGGGGACUAUUGGUUACCUAGAUCCUUCGUAUUCCUUGACGCGUAGGCUAACCAAGAAAUCUGAUGUUUAUGCGUUUGGUGUGGUGCUGUGGGAAGCAUUAUGUGGGAGGCCAGCUGUUGAUACUAGAAUAGAAGGCGAACAGCGCAGCCUGGUUUUGUGGGUUCAAAGCUGCUUCAAGCUAGGAAUAGUUGACGCAAUCAUUGAUUCCAGUUUGAGGGAACAAAUAUCAACUGGUUCCCUCAAAUUGUACCUUGAUCUUGCAAACGAAUGCUUGCAUAACCAGAGUAAUGAACGACCUACAAUGGCUGAAGUCACACAUGGUCUUGAAUCUGUAUUGGCAGCUGCUAUAUCUGAAGGUUCAUUCUCUUCCACCUCCUCUGGGACACUAGAAUUGGAUGAUAAUUACAUGCAGCAAAAGAAGAAGAUGACUGAUGGCAACUUCUUCCAAAAGAGUCUCCAAGCUUUAUUUAGAAGCAUAGAUUUUCGACGGAGAAAGAGCUUGGAUCCUCAUUUACCCUUCCGCAGUUUUUCUCUUGAUGAGGUUAGAACGGCAACACGCAACUUCAGUAAUGUUAUUGGAAGAGGUGGUUCUGGAAAAUGUUACAAAGGAAGGAUUAAUGAUGGAACCACUGUUGUUGCAAUCAAAGAGAAAGAGCUAGUGUUUGAAGACUUACAAAAUGAACUCUGGAUUAUGUCACAUAUUAAUCAUCCUAAAAUAGUCAAUUUCAUUGGGUACUGCAUUAAGGAAGGCAAAAUGUUGGUUUUGUUGGAAUAUAUGAAUAACGGGUCCCUAUAUGAUCAUCUCCAUGAUAAGAAGAAGAAUCGUCUUCCCUGGAAAAAGAGGCUGGAGAUAUGCAUUGGUACUGCUCAGGGACUACACUACCUUCAUUCUGAGAUGUCACAAAAAAGAGUGAUCCAUUGCUGUAUGCAGUCAAGUAAUAUCCUUCUAGACAGAAGCUUGGUCGCAAAGAUUUCAGACUUUGAUUUUGCAUCGGCUGCAUUGAGUUCCUCUACCCAUGUCAGUGCGGCUUUACAUGGCAGCUAUGGCUACAUAGAUCCGGAGUACUAUUUGACCGGCCAUAUUACAAAACAAUCCGAUGUCUACGCUUUUGGUGUGGUAUUGCUAGAGGUACUUUGUGCCAAGAAAUCUAUUGAUGUAUUUGAUGAAGAACAAGACUUCAUAGUCAACUACAUAAGAAACAUCAUCCAAGAGAAUAGAAUAGACGAUGUCGUGGACCCAUAUCUAGUGGGAAAGAUUGAUCCGGACUGCUUGAUUCAGUACUUGCGGAUUGCGAUGAAUUGCGUGGAAGAUAGGGGAAUAGAGAGGCCAUCAAUGGAGGCGGUGUUGUUGGGCCUGCGCAACACACUAGAGUUACAAGAGAGAUGGCAGUUAGAGUGUGAAGACUUGAGCUCAUGA